ACGAGUUUGUUUUGAUUUUGCAUUCAUCGUGUGGAGUAAAGAAAUACCCACUGUCUGAACUAAAUAGGUUACCCAGCUCUCAUUCGACUGAAAAUGUCUAAACUACAGUUGUUGCGUGUGUUUUUAAAUGAUCGUUUAACGGCGGCUGCUGUGGAGAUUUUCGGGGCAGUUGAGAAAACGGUAGUGGAGUACCAGGAGGAGAAUGAUCGGCUACGGAGAAUGCUGCGGAUCACACCGGAGAUACCACUACGGAAAAGAGACUCCCUGCAGCUCUCUGUCUCUGAAGAGGAGGUUCCCCCUGAGCAGCAGCACUGUGAGCAGGAGUGGAGCCCCAGUCUGGGGCAGGAGGACCCAGAGCCCACACAGAUUAAAGAGGAACAGGAGGAACUCAGGACCAGUCAGGAGGAAGAGCAGCUUCAAGGGCUGGAGCCUGACAUCAUAGAGUUCAAAUUCACUCCUUCCGGUGUGAAAAGUGAAUGUGAUCAGGAGGACCCACUUCAGUCCUUGACUCUUCCCCAAACCCAGACUGUGGAGAACAGAGAGAGUGACUCUAAACCAGUGGAUUUCAAACCUUUUGGCACUGUGACCCACCUAAAGGGUCUUGACAUUCCCUGUGACCCUCCAGGUAAUCAAAACAAUGCCUCCAGCCACAGCUCAGCCAUAAGCAGCGACCCAGUAGGACUUGACAGCAGCCCAACUUUGGAUCAGAACCCACUGUUGGGGAAUCACUGUUCCAAACCCAGCACCACAUCUAUAAAAACUCACCACUGCCGUGACUGUGGUGAAACGUUUUCUCUGAAAGCUGACCUGCAGAGGCAUGUGACUCUCACCAAGAAGAGACUCGGUGAAUGCCACUUAUGCAAAAAACAGUACAACUCCACCUGUAAACUGGAAGCCCAUGUCAGACUCUGUCACGGUGGGAAACCCUGCACCUGCCCCUUUUGUGGCAAGACCUUCAAACAAAAAGGACAUCUGUCCAGGCACAUGAAUAUUCACACAGGAGAGAAACCAUUUAGCUGUGGUGACUGUGGGAAGAGCUUUACUCGGAAGGGGGACCUAAGGAGACAUAUACUGACUCACACAGGAGAGAAACCAUUUAGCUGUGGUGACUGCGGCAAAGCCUUCAUUCGCAAGGAGCACCUAACUGCACAUAUACGGACUCACACAGGAGAGUAAUCAUUUAGCUGUGGUGACUGCAGGAAAAGCUAGUCUCAAGCAGAACCUAUCCAAGCAUAAACUGACUCACACAGGAGAGUAAUCAUAUGGCUGCUUAGUCUGUGGUAAAAUAUUCAUUCAGAAGGUAAACCUGCUGACGCACGUGAGAAACAUCCACAAAGGAAGAAAACAGGAUGAAAACACAAAGAAGAAAGACAAUUAGGACAAAGAGAUUUCCUGUCAGCAGAUGGGAAUAACAAGGCAGGAUGUGGACAACACUCUUAGGAAAGGAGAGCAACUCUGGAUCAUUCAUGCUCUGGGUUUCAGAUAAAUAAAUACAUGAUGGAUUUACUUUAGUAAAAUGUUCUGUGUAAAUAAAGUUUGAUUUUAAUUAAAAGUUUAGGAAGUAAACAAACAGUAGUGCCUGUACAGUGGGG